AUGCACAGUGGUAACCAAGCCGCGGAUGGCUUUGGUCACAAGGAAUUGGGCCAGUCCUCUGAAGACGAGGACUCUGAUGCGGGGGUCAGGGCUCCAAUUUCCGAUUCAGACGAGGACAAUGGGGAAGAUGCUCCACCCAGCAAACGGGCCGCCCCCAAAACACGUAGACUUGGCAAAAAUCUCCGUGUAUCCAACCAACUCACGCCCGCCGAGAGGGCGCUAGACCCAUCGUUGGAUGAUGAGCUCUCAGAGCCCCCGACGGCUAGAUCGACCCCUAGGCUCCCUGCAAGCAAAACCGCAGCAGUUUCGACCCCCACCCCUGGUUCAAAUGGAGUUGAUGGUCGCCCGCCGACUGUCGGCGCCAGCGUCCCCCGCCGCCGGGGCCGGACCAAAGAGGCCCCUAAGAAAGACAACAGUGAGGCGAUGGCCCUGAGGGCCAUGAUGGCGAAGACGCAAGAGCAAAAUUCCGCCUGGAUGAUGGACGAACGGGCACAUUCCGAGGCGACUCGCAAGGAACAAUGGUUAGCAGACUCGGAGCAGAGGCGAUUAAUGGAGGAGGUGCGAAGGGACGAACGGCGUGAGGCGGCGGCGCGGGACGAACGCAAGGAUCGCCAACGCCAAGAUGAGCUGGCUCAAGCCAAAUUCGACCGUGAGGAGGCCAGGGCCAAGGCGGAGGCCAAGGAGCGAUCUCGUGAUGCGGAGCGCAAGGCGGAUCGAGAAUUGGUCUUACAACUUGCGGAGGCCAAAGAACGACAGCGCGAGGCGGACCGAAAGGCUGACCGCAAAGAGGCCCAGUUGGCCAGACUAGAGGAUGCACGUUGA